AUGGGAAAAUUAGUACUAUAUGGUGUAGAGGCCAGUCCGCCGGUGCGAGCCUGCAAACUGACCCUGGACGCCCUGGGUCUGCAGUACGAGUACAAGCUGGUGAAUCUGCUGGCCGGGGAGCAUAGGACCAAGGAGUACACACUGAAGAAUCCGCAGCACACGGUGCCCAUGCUGGAGGACGAUGGCAAGUGCAUUUGGGAGAGCCAUGCCAUUUGCGCCUAUCUAGUGAGGCGUUAUGCCAAGGAUGAUGCCUUGUAUCCCAAGGAUUACUUCAAGCGUGCACUUGUGGAUCAGCGCCUGCACUUUGAGUCGGGCGUGCUGUUCCAGGGUUGCAUCCGGAAUAUUGCUGCUCCAUUGUUCUACAAAAACGAGACGGAGGUGCCGCGCUUCAAGAUUGAUGCCAUCUACGAGGCCUAUGACUUCCUGGAGUUGUUCAUCGGCAAUCAGCCGUACCUCUGCGGAACGGGCAUAACCAUUGCCGACUACAGUAUGGUCUCCUCGGUGAGCAGCCUGGUGGGUUUGGCCUCCAUCGAUGCCAAGCGCUAUCCCAAGUUAAGCGCAUGGCUGGACAGGAUGGCUAGUCAGCCAAACUAUCAAUCGCUUAACGGCAACGGCGCACAGAUGUUGAUUGACAUGUUCAGCUCGAAGAUCACGAAGAUUGUGUGACUUUGUACUCGAGCUUAAAGGUUAGAAAUGAGAUUGCCUCCGGUAACGUAACAAUAAAGCUUCUAUUUGUAUACACUUUA